AUGUUUCUAUCAGACCAAUCACAUCUUUUAGCCUUCUCCGGCUUUAAAAGGCUCCGUCUGGUGAGAAGCGAACCUCCGGGACGCCGUGACGACCACGAAGCCGCUGGCGUGGAUAACGCCUCGUGUAGCUCACAGUGCCAAUAUUACAGGUGGUUAUCAGAUGCAGCAGUGGAAGGCGACUGCGCCACAAAGGUGAACCUUUCUGACACUUGUGGCAUAGGCGAGGUGAAAAACAGCCACUUCAGGCGGGCGAUGGUCGACCGUCUAUCUAGAAAGAUAUCCGACUGGCGAGCUUCGUUAAGCGACGAUGUGGGCGAGCUUGAUGUCUUGAGCUCCCUCAACACUUCUAUCGCACGCUACUUUCUACAGAUGUAUAACGGCCACGAGCCAUACACGAUGCGGCAUGGAUUUUGGGUGUCAUGCGCAAAUGAACAUGAGGCGUGGGAUUUCUGUUCGCGCAUUUGCAGCAAUGCAUUUUGGCUGCGUGGUAAACAACCCUGGGGUACCCGCAACCGUCGAAUUUACACCGUCGACCUCUACGAGAGUAGUACAUCUGGGUUCCCCAAAGGCUGCUGUUACAGUGCUCACGGGUAUAUAUGUUGUUGCUGCCAAGUAUGCCAAGCCGUGUGCGGGAUGCUUCGGAUGGAUGACGGCGGCCUGGAGCCACAGCCUCGCUGCAAUGCUCUGUACAACAUCAUCGCAAACAAUUUGGCUGACAUUUUGACCUUUCUGGAACACAACUCGCAGCAGCAUAACAUCGAGCACCGGCUUCUGUGUGCAUCUGUUGACUCAUACGUCUCGAAAAGGCGCUCCCAAGAAAUCUGCAAUAGCCUAUGGGAUUUCAAGGAUGGCCGUUUAUCGGAUCCCCCGAACUAUUGCACCCGGCAGCUAAAGAAGGGUGACAAGAGCCAUAAAAUACCAGUAAACGUCCGUAAUGAUAAAAGCGUGUACGGUGAUUUUGGGGACCAGGUGACCCAUGGCUGCGGCGAGCACGUCUCGUGCGAAUCCGUAGCUGAGGAGCUGCUGGGAGACUGCGGGUGCUUUUUGUUUCUGAAGGGGGCCAACAAGCUGUUUAGCGAACCAAAUGGCGACGAUGUUAGUGUAAACAACUGGUCUGUGGUGGUGGACCUUUUGCGGGACUACAGCUCCAUGUGGUCCGCGUACAACAUGCCGGUGUACGUGUUCUGCUGCUAUGAGGCCGAAGCGGACAAUGCGCCGUCAUCAGACGCGAUGGUAGAGAACUUCGGAGCGCCAGAUGUGCACAUUGACGGAGCAGAAUACAUGCUGGGCAGGUUGCAGUGUUUUGAACACCGCGUCGACCUCGCUCGGUCGGUGGAAGAGAGAGACUCUAGACGCGCCCAUUACCUGACCUCUAGCCUAAACGUAGCAGCUGGAGAGAAACGAGACCAUCUGCUCAACUACCUCGUUUCUCUGACGUCGGGUUAUGGGAUGUCGUGCCUCGACACCAUCGUGCGCAUGGCGUCGUGCGAAUACCUGACUGCCAUUUCGGAUCGUGGACGUGGAGUUAGUGGCCGUGACAACAAGUUAUUCGCCGAUAUACAGCUAACGGCGCGUGCCUUUGAGAAGGCUGUGGCCAUACGCCCGCCGUUGGCGCUGUCGGUGGGUCUCCCCGGUUUAUGCGUGUUGCCUCACAACGCUGGGAAGACUGUUGGCGCAUCUGCCGGUUUCCCGCCACUCCGCGUCGACAACGGCGCCAUAAGUGUGCGGCAAGGUUUUGACUCGAUGGUUUUGGGUGAACCGUUACUUGCCAAUCUGAGGGACUUCGUAUCUGCUUGCCUGUCACCCGACGAGGCUUGCGAGACACCGCAACCAUUCGUGACUAUCGAAGGCCCAUCUGGCUGCGGAAAGACGCUGCUGUCGAUCGCUCUGGCACACGAGCUGCGUAGCACGUUGAUAUUGUCUAGCGUUUUGGAUUUCCUACGGCCCCAGGUGGGCGUGAGCGAAAAGUUGGUGCACAGCUUCUUUUCGUCGCUAAGCAGCCAAUUCAUGGAUGUUAAUAGCGUCAACAGUCAGCAUGACAGUGGUCUGUUAUCCGGGAAUUCGGAGACAGCCCAUUCACUAGGGAAGGCGAGCACGCGCCGAUCAGUGCCGCGCUGCGUGGUCGUGUUAGAAGGCGCCGACAGCCUUGCUGAGACGUGCGGCUACAUGAGGAGCCUCCUGUACGCGCUGUGCUCAGAACUGGAACGUUUUAGGGAUCUGUGGGAAUGGCAAAGGAGCUGCAGCGUCAUAUUCGUGUUCACAUGCCAGUCGCUGUCGUCGCUUCCCUGUCGCUUGCGCGAGGCAUGCAGAAGCCGCCAACACUACUCGUUGCUAGGCAACGUUUCCACUGACUCCGAGAUCGAGGCGUGCUUCGAGCUGUACCUUCGUGGCCGCGGCACGCUGCUAGACAGGUUCCGGGAGUUGUGGCCACGCUGGCGUUUGGACGCCGCGGUGAUGUCACUGCGGCCGUGCGACAUAGCGCUCCUGUGCCGCACAGCUGCGGUGUGGUCGGUGAGCGGCGUGGUGCCGCUGCCGUCAAGUUCAGCGGUACAGCGGCUGGCGGAGUCACUGUGCGCUGUUGGACAUUAG